CUUCCUUGGGCCUUGAGAAACAUCUUCCCUUAAAGGAGUACACCACUAGCACCAACUAUGCUGAUGCUAAGAGUAGAAGAGCUGAUAACAGGCAAAAAGGCAGAUGGUAGAGAAACUGGAGACUUCCUCCUAGAGGAUUUCAAAAAUGGAGAAUAUGAAGCUGCUGUAAGGUUAGAAAAACAUGAGGAUCUGAAGACAAUCAAGGAUCACUCCUUGACACGGCGUAAUCUGACGUACAAAGAAGAAAAAGAGCUUGAAGCACAGCUGAAAAAGAAAAAACUAGAGGAAAGACCAAAACUUGAAAACUUGGAAGAUCUUGAAAAAAUCAUCCAACUGAAGAAAAGGAAAAAAUACAAGAAAGUUAAAGUGCCAAUUUUAAAGGAGACUGAACAAGAAGUUAUAACAGGUCCUGUGGAUGUUCCUAUGUUUUUAAAGGCUGCCUUGGAAAACAAAAUGCCUGUAAUUGAAAAAUAUUUAUCAGACAAAGGAGAUCCAGAUGCUUGUGAUGAGUAUAAGCGCACGGCAUUACAUCGAGCAUGCUCCGAAGGACACCUGGCGGUUGUGGAAAAGCUUGUAGACGCUGGAGCCCAGCUUGAAUUCCAGGAUAUGCUCGAAUCCACAGCUAUUCAUUGGGCAUGUCGUGGUGGAAGUGUGGAAGUCCUGAAGUACUUGCUGAACAAAGGAAUAAACAGGAACGCCAGAGACAAGUUGCUCAGUACACCUUUACAUGUGGCAGUGAGGACCGGACAAUAUGACUGUGGGGAAUACCUCAUUGCCUGUGAAGCAGAUCUCAAUGCCAAAGACAGAGAAGGAGAUUCUCCGAUGCACGAUGCCGUGAGGCUGAAUCGCUAUAAAAUGAUUCGACUCCUGAUUAUGUAUGGAGCCAACCUGAAUGUGAAGAAUACUGAAGGGAAAACUCCCAUGGAUCUUGUUCUGCAAUGGCAAAAUGGCACCAAAGAAAUCUUCAGCAGCCUGAAGGAGAACUCGUACAAGAGCUCCCCCAUAGAGACAUUCUGAACUCAAACAUCAAGGGGACUGACAGCAACCUGGUAACUGGCACCAUUAUCCACAGGAAGGAGAAGCACCAGUACAAAAGAUGCCACCUUCAGGGAAUGAAACAAAUAUUUGUUUUUUCAGGAUUAUUUGAGUCAGAAGGAACAAAAAAGCAAGGAGGACAAGACCGUUUUCAAAGGAACAGCUUGAGUGUUCGAAUUCCACUGAUUUCAAGUUGCUUUAUUUAUUCCUAUUUAUAUUUUGUAUUCCAUUCCU